AUGGCUGGCUACAGCAAUCCGAGUGAUUAUUCUUGGCAGCCUCCAAAUAACAGCCAAAAUUACUCAUUUGACACCUCAAAUAAUUUUGCAGAUCCAUCUCAAACACUCGACUUUCAGACGUUUGCUCCAGAUCAAAGCUUUUCCUACGAUCAAGGACAGUCUGCUUCGGCCACUGCUAACAACAACCAAUAUUAUAAUCCAAGUAUAUUUACCCCUGCACCAAUACCAGGAGAAACAAAUACAACAACAGAAUUUGAUGAACCUCCACUGUUAGAUGAGUUAGAAAUAUACCCUGAUAGAAUAUUAGAAAAAACUUUAGCAGUACUCAAUCCAUUUCAUGGCCAUUCAAAGGCAGAUGAUGCAAACUUUUUAUUAAGAGAUACUGACAUUGCUGGUCCUAUUGCAUUUUGCUUAGCUUUAGCAGUAUGUCUUUUCCUUUCAGGUAAUAAAGCUCAUUUUGGUUAUGUUUAUGGUCUUUCUGUAAUGUCUGUAAUUCUAAUGUAUUGUCUUCUAUCUCUUAUGAGUCGUAGUGAGGGAGUUUUCACUAUUUUAAGUGUUGCAAGUGUCUUAGGAUAUUGUAUGUUACCUAUGGUUGUUCUUGCUGGUUUGGGAAUAUUUAUAUCACUACAAGGCACAGUAGGACUAAGUUUGUCAGCUAUUGCUGUAAUCUGGUCUGCACUUUCAGCAAGCAGAUUAUUUGUAACAAUGUCAGGUGAUGCAGAACAAAGGCCCCUUAUAGCAUAUCCUUGUGCAUUAGUUAAUGGCGUUUUUGCUUUGUUGGUGUUAUUUUAA